AUGGUAGGGUAUUCAAGUUCAUUUUCAUUUCGUGCAUCACCCAUUUCCAUUGAGAACCUUCAGGCAAUACAGCUUGUAUUGUACAACUCAAAGGAGGUCAUAUCAAAGGUGGCGAAGGCUACUGCUGCCGCUGACGAUGAUGAGGUGGCUGUGGAAGAAGGCGGCGAGUUACCUAUGGAUUUGGUUUCUGGUUUGGCAUGGGGGGUUUUGGAACACAACCACAGACGGAAUCCAUCCGAUGGUCAAUUUAGUGCAACGGAGUUAAGUUCUGUGGCCAUUGGGAAGCUUCGUUAUGUUCAGUGGAUCUUGAAAAAAAAAGGGUAUUUACUGUUGUGCAAUGGGAGAGAAAAGAGACGAAAGAGAGAGAGGGGCGUUUUUGCAGAUGGGUUAAUUGAGGGCAUGCCUGUUUUUGCUAAGGAGUUAAUUGCUGGUGGUGUGGCUGGAGGUUUUGCCAAGACUGCUGUUGCACCUCUUGAACGUGUCAAGAUCUUAUUCCAGAUGAGACGAACUGAAUUUCAUUGUCUUGGACAAGUGGGAACCUUCCAAAAAAUUGCAAAAACAGAAGGGUUGCUGGGUUUUUAUAGGGGAAAUGGAGCCAGUGUUGCUCGUAUUUUGCCUUACGCAGCAUUGCAUUAUAUGGCGAAUGAAGAAUACCGGAGAUGGAUUAUACUCGGUGUUCCUGGCAUCGGGAGAGGCCCAGUUCUUGAUCUCAUAACUGGAUCAUUUGCUGGAGGAACAACUGUACUUUUUACAUAUCUACUUGAUUUAAUUUGGACUAAAUUGGCUUAUCAGGUUAUUGAUUCCUCGAAACUGAACAUCAAAGGGCUUGUUCCUACAGAAAAAGUUUAUAAAGGAAUAUGGAAUUGCUUCUCAAACAUUUAGCAGGAGGCUGGAAUAAGAGGCCUCUACCGUGGAGUGGCUCCGUCCCUGUAUGGGAUCUUUUCAUAUGCUGGAUUAAAAUUUUAUUUCUACGAGGAAAUGAAAAGUAACGUCCCUGAAAAUCACAAAAAGGAUAUAACUGUAAAUCUUGUGUGCGGAUCUAUUGCUGGUUUACUGGGUCAGACUUUCACUUAUCCUCCUGAUGUUGUCAGGCGGCAAAUGCAGGUCCAAAGGCUCCAAACAUCUAGCAGCAGUGAUAUGAAAGGAACAAUGAAAACUCUUAUCAUGAUUGUUCAAAGACAAGGAUGGAAACAAUUAUUUUCUGGACUUAGCAUCAACUAUCUGAAGGUUGUACCCUCAGUGGCCAUUGGAUUCACUCUUUAUGAUGUUUUGAAGUCAUUUCUACAAGUUCCACCACGAGAUGAAACAGGGAAAGUUGCUUGAAAAGAUAUUCAAUCGUCCCUUCAUUCUGCUGCAUCCUUAUCUCAGUUAAAUCUUUCGAUGCUGCCUCCACAAUUAUUAUUGAAGUCUAUUCCCAAAUACCGGGAUCAUUUAGGUUGUACGUUCUAUUUUUUCUGCAAUAUAAUAUCGACGUAUUAAAGUUGCAAAUGAAUCCCAAUACAGAGGGGUCACAAAUGAAUCUCAAUACAGAGGUUAACAAUUAAUCGACAUUUUUGGUUUUGUUCAACCUUAGUUGAUUUUGUAGUAAAUUGACACUUCAGUUGAAUGAUCAAGACAGUGUAUAUAAGAAACAAGAAUGUGCCAUUAAACAUUGUCUAAAUGAAAAUAGUUUCUUCAUGAA